GGGAGAUUGUGUUGCGCAUGCGCACCUAAUGUAACGAGAUGGCGGAGAGUGCGGAACUGAAGCAAAUGGUAAUGAGCCUUCGAGUUUCUGAGCUCCAAGUGUUGUUGGGCUAUGCAGGACGGAAUAAGCAUGGGCGCAAACAUGAACUUUUGACCAAAGCUCUCCACCUACUCAAGGCUGGCUGCAGUCCUGCUGUGCAGAUGAAGAUCAAAGAACUCUACAGACGGCGGUUCCCAACCAAAAUGGUUUCGCCAGUGGACCUAGCUCUUCCUGUUGUUCAUUCUGCGACCAGCUUGCCCACUGGUCUCGCUCAGCUAGGAUUCGACGGCCACAGCUCUCCUUCAUCACUGCUGCCUGUUUCUCUUCUCGGACCUAAGCAUGAGCUGAGUCUGCCUCACCUCUCCUCCGCCCUGCACCCUGUACACCCUGACGUCAAGCUCCAGAGAUUGCCAUUCUACGAUGUUCUAGAUGAGCUCAUUAAGCCAACAAGCCUGGUUUCAGACAACAGUCAGCGCUUCCAGGAAGCAUGUUAUGCCUUUGCAUUAACACCACAGCAAGUUCAACAAAUUAGCAGCUCAAUGGACAUAUCUGGGACCAAAUGUGACUUUGCUGUUCAAGUUCAACUAAGAUUUUGCUUAUCAGAGACGAGCUGUCCGCAAGAGGACCAUUUCCCCCCCAAUUUGUGUGUGAAAGUUAAUGGCAAACCAUGUAAUCUCCCAGGAUAUCUCCCUCCCACAAAAAAUGGGGUGGAACCAAAAAGGCCCAGCCGUCCUAUAAACAUAACGUCUCUUGUCCGGCUAUCUACCACUGUCCCCAACACUAUUGUGGUGUCUUGGACAUCAGAAAUUGGAAGGUGUUUUUCUAUGGCGGUGUAUUUGGUAAGACAGCAGUCAUCUGCAGUGUUGUUACAAAGACUACGGGCCAAAGGGAUUAGGAAUCCUGACCACUCAAGAGCCUUGAUCAAGGAGAAACUGACAGCGGAUCCAGAGAGUGAGAUAGCGACCACCAGUCUACGAGUUUCUCUCCUUUGUCCUCUGGGAAAGAUGAGGCUGACCAUCCCUUGCCGAUCAAUGACAUGCUCACACCUACAGUGCUUUGAUGCUACACUUUAUAUCCAAAUGAACGAGAAGAAGCCGACAUGGGUGUGUCCGGUUUGUGACAAAAAGGCACCAUAUGAGCAUCUUAUUAUAGAUGGGUUGUUCAUGGAAAUCCUGAACAGCUGCUCUGACUGUGACGAAAUCCAGUUCAAGGAAGACGGAAGCUGGGCCCCCAUGAAGUCAAAGAAAGAAGUUCAGGAGGUGUCGGCUUCCUACAACGGCGUGGACAGCGAUUUGUCUAGAACAGACUCGCAUGAGCAUAAACGAGGGUCGUCUAACGACAACAACAAGAAAGUGGAUGUGAUUGAUUUGACACUGGAUACCUCCUCAGAAGACGAGCAGGAUGACGAGCCGCCUCCGAAACGGGUCUGUCCCUCGCUCUCUCCGGUCUCCCCGCCUCCAAACAAAGGAGUGUUGAACCUGCACAGCCAAGCUUCACCCGUGGCCAGAACUCCCAGCAUGCCCCCUGUGGAGAGCAGCUACAUUCCUCCUCCGCCUCCUCUUAUUCAGGAUUACCGCCACUAUUAUCACACAAGCGAUCUGCCUGAUCUGAAUUUUUUCUCCUUCCUCCAAAGUGACAAUCAGCAUUACAACAUGGUGAUGGCUGCUGCAGCGGCCGCAUCAGCGUCUGCCCCAGAGGACCACGACCUGCUCCUCAACCGCUUCCUGCCCUACAGCUCCUCCCAGAUGCUACGGGAGCAGUCGGCCACUCCUGGGGGCAGCACCCUUGCAACCGCCAAUGGAGGCAGCAACAGCGGCAGCACCAGCAGUUUGGUGUCUUCCAGCAGUCUACGGGAACGCGAAAAGGAAAGAGACAGCCACGGCCUUUCUGGAUUGUCACGGUCCUCUAUGGAGGCAGCGGCGGCGGCGGCCAUUUACGGCUCCUUAUCUGACGUUAUCUCUCUUGACUAGAUCCAUGUCGAACUGAAUCAUCAAAAAUUCGAGAGACCUUGAACAGGAGUUCUUUGUAAAUAUCGAAAGUGGAAGAUGAAAGAAUACAGUGCUAUGUACAGAGAGGAAAAAUCUAUUUUCAAUUUUACUUAUCAUAUGUAUAUAAACUUGGGACGCUUCUUGUCCAGUGCGUUACUUCCGUUGAUAUUUUUGUGUGAAUACUGAAGACUUUUUCCACACCUCUUCAUGUGGUCUUUGAUUAUAUUGUAGCUUUUGUACCUGGUUUUUACAGUUUGUUUCGAUAUUUUAUGUCAACGGCAUUAUUUCAGCAUACAUGCACAGUCCCCAGGCAGUCAACACCAAACGGGACAUAUUUAGAAUAUAAAGAAAACAGGCUUGUUGUUGAUGAAAGGUGAGCCUCAGCAACACGGGAGAAUGUGUAGCACUUUAUGUUCUAAAUGGUGUCAUCUUUGUCAUAAUGUUUUGACAGCAGAAAGAUUGGCCAUUUGUUUUAUUUUUGCCAUCAUUGUACAUUUAUUUUCUUAACACAUUCAUGCUGUGGUUGUUAUUUUUAAAUAAUUAUUUAUGAUGUAAGUUAUAUUAGGUGUGUGCUAUUUUUGAAAGAAGCAUUCCUAUGCCUCUUGGAACUGUUGCCACUAGAAAUGCAGGAGAGAGUGCACGAUCCUCGUGUUUCAUUACUGCGCUUUUUCUCUUCUUGCUCAUCUUAAUCGAAUCAAAGAACAGUAAAUCAUGUUUUAUUGCUCAAACUCUGUAAUCUACACCUUAAUUGGGAGAAAGUCAGGUUGAUCAGACUGUUUCAGUGUGUGAAUGAAGGGCACUGGUUCAGCUAGCACUCACUAUUGGACCUUUAUAUAUGGUAGAUAUAAGUACACACACACAAACUUGAAAAAGUUAUUUUCUUUAAUGUAUAACUGUUUAUUUUGUGUUACUCAAAACUUAAUACAAACUAGACAGAAGUGAUCAGUUGACAAAUUUCUGCUCCACAUACAAGACAUGGCUAGUUUCUGGUCAAUUUGAAAGGCUAUAGCUGUUUAUUUUUAUUUUUAUUUUUUUUAGUUUAAGUUAAUUACAUUUCAUUAUGUUGAUGUUUUAUUAUAGCACUUGUUUCCUUUUGUUUUCGUGCAUCGAAUCUGUGUGGAGCAGUUAAGCAUUACAGUUCCCAGUUAGUUGAAUUCAGCUUUCUCUGUCUGCUGGUUACCUGCAAGCUCACCUACUUGAGUGCUAUGCGAUUCUGUAGUGAGGCCACAGGAUACAUAGUCUUUUUUUUUUUUUUUUGGUGUUUAAUGUAUUUGCAACAGCCUUCAAGAUUACUGUGAUAGUUUAGGCUUUGAGUGAAUCACAACAUACAUUUUGGCCCAGAGGUAAAACAACUUUAAAGUCAUUAUGAAUGCCUCCCUUUUUGUUGCUUUUCUCCUUGACUUGUCUUUACGAUUAGGUUUAUUUAUUAUCAUAUAUACUUUCUGCAUUGGUUUGAUUCGUGAAUAUGCAUUGCUGUCAUUAUAUGUGAUAUUUCUUUUGUAAUUAUAUAAUUAUUGCUAUUUAAAAAUAUCACUGUUGCUUGACAUGCAUUGUAACAUUUUUAGUUUCUGUCUGUUUUGCUAUAAGAUGAUGUCAAUAACUCAAUAGACGCUUUGAUCAUUUUGAAAAGAGA